CUGAUUGAAUUUCACAAAGCUGGAGCAUUUAGUGAAAUUUAUUCAGCCCUUUGGUUAGAAGGACCUAAGUGGGAUUGGAAUGAAGACACUCAAGCUUGGUCACGAGGUGGACCAAUAAAAGUAGCGUUGAAAAAACUUAAAGAUUCUCAAAACUUGAGCAAUCAAUUCUUGGAAAAACUACGGAAAUAUUAUCAUUGUCUCCAAUCAGGUAGUGCGGCAGAUACAUUUGGCAUUACGAAAAAUCCAGACGGCUCUUUUAUAUUUGUAAUGAGAUUUUAUGAGAAUGGUGAUUUGAAUAGUUAUAUUAAAGAUAACAAAGAUAUUAGUUGGAAAGAUAAAAUUGAAUUAUUAUGGGGGAUUACUGCUGGCUUGGAAAAUAUUCAUCGAUCUGGUCUUUAUCAUGGAAAUCUACACAGUGGGAAUAUAAUGAUUGAAGAUGAAUCAAUCUCGACCGACGGAAGAAUAGCUGAUAUAGGAAUUCAUGGACCAGUUGAUAUCCCAACUGAUAAAUCAUAUGGUGUUCUUCCCUAUAUUGCACCAGAA